AUGGCGGGGUUUGUAGCGGCGGUGGCCGUGAGUGCGGCCGUUGCAGGAGGCCUCACCUGGUGGUGGGUCACGCGUGGCGAUCCGUCCGACGAAGAAAUCGACCCCGAGGGAGAGUUGCCCUCAAAAUGUCCGGAAGAACUGGUGCGCAAGUACAAGCCUCAGCUGGCACGACUCGCGUUCACCAGCCAUCACGCCCUGACAGAAUCGCUAAGUCUGGCAGACGAGCGGAGAAAUGAGCUGAAGGAGGCGGGUUUGUGGCCUGCGCUUCUGCAUCUGUUCCUUUCCCUAGCCCCAACCGAAACGGAAAAGCGGUUGCCGCAGCUCGGCCAGAUCUGCUUCAUGUUGUUCUCUUCCGCACAGAUGUAUGACGACGACGAAGAGAUAGUGGGUCUCGCGUUGGCCAUGCGGCACGCCCAGAGCCUCGCGGCGCAGUGCCCCGACAUGACCGCCCAGCGAGCGUGCGUACGGCUCCUCAAGCAGCUGCUCAGUCUCCCGCAGGCCCUGGUACUCGCGAGGGACUCUGACAUGGGCACGGUGUCCGCGUUCGCUCGGGCGCUCACGGUCGAGCCUCUGCCCGCAGUCGAGCCAGCCACGGAUAUGCAGGAAACGGCCCUUGUUGGAAUCGUCAGGGCGUUCGGUAACCAGGGACUGAAGAAUACUCUCUUGCCAGACCCUGAGGGCUGGGCCGAGGAGGCGGUGGCGGCGUUGGUGCAGCAGAAGGGGUUCGUGGAGCGCCUGAUGCAGAUCUUCGAGCGCAGCACUCGCAGCCACGACGGCGACUUCGUCAAGCAGAUAGAGACGCCCGUCCAGCUGCCCAUGACCAUCCUCUGGGUCGGCACAAUCUACCUUAGCUACUAUUGCAACGCGGACCAGUACAGCUUGAUCACCAGCAAGGUGGUGUCAAACUGGCUGAUCACCGGCCUGCUCCGUUACCAGCACGCAGCAGACCGUACCGCCUGGAGUGUGCGGUACAACCUGCUACUCAGCGUGAGAGACGAAGCCCCACUCGCUGCGGGCAGAGGGGAGUACCUCGUGCAGGCUGGCCGCUUUCAGAGGCAGUUGCUCAAGCCGGUGAACGACUCGGAUCUAUCGGCCUUCGGCUCACUGAUCUCCAUGACGGUCAACCAUGAUCACAACGCCACUGUGGCUUCGCAAAGCGACCAAGACGAGUUCUUCUGCUACCUUUUUUCCGCCGUCUUGUCCAUCUGCCAGGACAAUCGUGAUGCGCGUGAGGAGGCGCGCGCCAAUGAGUCCUUCAUGGAAGCCGUUCGUGUCCUGGCUCAGCCCUCCUUCCCGCCGACACCCUAUUCAGCCCCACGCGCCCACUGCGCCGACACCCUACUCACCGUCUUCCAACUCCCGUGA